AUGGAAGCCUGCGAUAGAAGCCUACAAUGGAAGCCUGCGAUAGAAGCCUACGAUGGAAGCCUGCGAUGGAAGCCUGCGAUGGAAGCCUGCGAUGGAAGCCUCCGAUGGAAGCCUACGAUGGAAGCCUGCGAUGGAAGCCUGCGAUGGAAGCCUGCGAUGGAAGCCUGCGAUGGAAGCCUCCGAUGGAAGCCUACGAUGGAAGCCUGCGAUGGAAGCCUGCGAUGGAAGCCUGCAAUGGAAGCCUGCGAUGGAAGCCUGCGAUGGAAGCCUGCGAUGGAAGUCUACGAUGGAAGCCUGCGAUGGAAGCCUGCGAUGGAAGCCUGCGAUGGAAGCCUGCGAUGGAAGCCUGCGAUGGAAGUCUACGAUGGAAGCCUGCGAUGGAAGCCUGCGAUGGAAGCCUGCGAUGGAAGCCUGCGAUGGAAGCCUGCGAUGGAAGUCUACAAUGGAAGCCUGCGAUGGAAGCCUGCGAUGGAAGCCUGCGACGGAAGCCUGCGAUGGAAGUCUACGAUUGAAGCCUACGAUGGAAGCCUACGAGCCUUCUGCUGA